GUCGAAACAGAAAGUUGACCGGAAGCAGCAGGCAACCACAUUUCUUUCUCUGGCGAUGUCAGGCCGCCCCUUACCACGGUUUGGGGCUGAAAAUACUGACAGUUGACACCGCCACGACAGUGAAGAAGUGCAGAAGUAAACGGUUUGUCUUGCAACAGCAUCGUUUUCAUUGGCGCCAAUUUAAUUCGGUAUCGAGUCGCGUUCCAACACCCUGACGGAGAACACUGGAAUUGCCAUGUAACUCAGACGCCGCACAAGCAAUGCUACAAGAUGAAAAGCCGCUUGUCGCUUAACAGCCCGUGGGAUCCCUCUGCAUCCAUCUCAACAUGAGCUCCAAAUGGGAGCGUCAUCUGAUGCCAUAGGUUCUCCAGUGGACAGUUUCACCUAUUGCACGCACAAGACGGCAUUUUCUGGAGCUUCAACCUUUUGCGUCCAUCAGCAGUCUGUCGGCCCCCGGGGAAGGACUCAUGUAAUCGUGUUGGUAGACCAUCAACAACAUGGCGUCGGCGUUCUUCACAGUUCCAUCCCCGAUGCUGACUGAUGAGCCCAGAGCAAAUGAGGAUUCGCCUCCACAAACACUUCACAGAGAUGGCCCAGUCGUGUAUGUAUGUUCAGAUGCAGCAAUGUCCCAGCUGUACUAUAAGAAAACAGACAACUGCUCGUACAGUGACCGCAUCCCCCUCCACAUUGUACGGGCGGAGGCUGAGCUCUCCGCCCUGGAGAGGGCCUACCUAGGGGCGGUGGAGAAAGGGGACUAUGCCACCGUGAAGGAGGCCCUGGAUGAGGCCGAGAUCUACUUCCGCAUCAACAUCGACUGUGUGGACUCACUGGGACGCACGGCCCUGCUAAUUGCCAUUGAAAACGAAAACCUGGAGAUUGUGGAGCUGUUGCUCAGCUACAACGUGCACGUGGGCGACGCCCUGCUGCAUGCUAUCCGCAAAGAGGUGGUGGGCGCCGUGGAGCUGCUGCUCAACCACAAGAAGCCCAGUGGUGAGAAACAGGUCCCACCAAUUCUGCUGGACAAACAGUUUUCAGACUUCACUCCAGACAUCACUCCCAUUAUCCUCGCUGCCCACACCAACAACUAUGAGAUUAUCAAACUACUCGUGCAGCGAGGUGUUUCCAUACCACAACCACAUGCUGUACUGUGCAACUGCCUGGAGUGUGUGUCCAGUUUGGACGUGGAUGGCUUGCGCCACUCUCACUCCCGCCUCAAUAUUUACAAGGCCCUGGCCAGCCCGUCUCUCAUCGCACUCUCCAGCGAGGACCCUUUCCUCACGGCCUUUCAGCUCAGCUGGGAGCUGAAGGAGCUCAGCAGGGUGGAGAACGAGUUCAAAUCAGAGUAUGAGGAGCUGUCACAUACGUGUAAACAAUUUGCCAAGGAUCUCCUGGACCAGACCAGGAGCUCCAAAGAGCUGGAAAUCAUCCUCAACUACCGUGACGACAUCAACCCCCUGCUAGAUGAGAAUGUCAACGAUUUGGCCCGGGUGAAGUUAGCUAUCAAAUACUGCCAGAAAGAGUUUGUCGCCCAGCCCAACUGUCAACAGCUGCUGGCCUCCCGGUGGUAUGAUGAGUUCCCGGGCUGGAGGAGGCGUCACUGGGCAAUGAAGUUCAUCACAUGCAUCCUCAUAGGGCUCCUCUACCCAGUCCUCUCCAUCUUCUACUUGGUCUCACCGAAAAGCCGCUACGGUCUAUUCAUCCGCAAGCCGUUCAUCAAGUUCAUUUGUCACACGGCUUCCUAUUUGACGUUCCUCUUCCUGCUCUUCUUGGCAUCACAACACAUCGCUGCCCCGCAACGCGACUUUCAGGGCCCGGCUCCUACCUUGGUGGAAUGGAUGAUUCUACCCUGGGUACUUGGAUUCAUAUGGACAGAGAUCAAGCAGAUGUGGGAUAGUGGCUUCCAAGACUACAUUGAUGACUGGUGGAACAUAAUGGACUUCAUCAUGAACUCAUUGUAUCUUGCAACAAUUUCUCUGAAGAUUGUCGCCUAUGCAAAGUACAGUGGACACAAACCCCGAGGCAGCUGGGAAAUGUGGCACCCGACCUUAAUAGCCGAGUCUCUAUUCGCCAUUGCCAACAUCUUUAGCUCCCUGCGCCUCAUUUGCCUUUUCACCGCCAACUCCCACCUGGGCCCCCUGCAGAUCUCGCUGGGCCGCAUGCUUCUGGACAUCCUCAAGUUUCUCUUCAUCUACUGCCUGGUGCUGCUGGCCUUUGCCAAUGGUCUCAAUCAGCUCUACUUUUACUACGAAACCGAUGAGGGCAGCAACUGCAAGGGUAUCCGCUGUAUUCAGCAAAACAACGCUUUCUCAACGUUAUUUGAAACACUGCAGUCAUUAUUUUGGUCCGUAUUUGGCCUGAUUUCCCUCUACGUGACACGAGUGAAGCCGGACCAUGAAUUCACAGAGUUUGUCGGAACCACCAUGUUCGGCACGUACAACAUCAUCUCUUUAGUGGUGCUGCUUAACAUGCUAAUUGCGAUGAUGAACAACUCGUACCAGCACAUUGCAGAUCAUGCAGAUAUAGAGUGGAAGUUUGCCAGAACUAAAUUAUGGAUGAGCUACUUUGAAGAGGGAGGGACUUUGCCAUCUCCGUUCAAUAUAAUUCCAAGUCCCAAGUCAUUUUAUUAUCUGACAGGAUGGAUAAAAGCACGAUUGUUUAAGAGGCCUAGCCUAAAAAGGCUUGAAACCUUCGAAAGUUUGGGGAGACGUGCAGCAGACAACGUCAGACUAAACCACCAGUAUCAGGAGGUUUUGCGAAACCUCGUAAAGAGAUAUGUGGCUGCAAUGAUCAGAGAUGCCAAGACAGAGGAAGGGUUGACUGAAGAGAACUUCAAGGAGCUCAAGCAGGACAUCUCCAGCUUUCGCUACGAGGUGCUAGGAAUGAUGAAGGCCAAACCCCACGGUCGCGGGUCUGGGAAAAUCGCAAGCUCCCCCUUUGCUUACCAGGGAAAUGCCUUCAAGUAUUCCCCAAAGUGUUUCACGGAUGAGUUGCAACAGAGGCUGGAGGUGUUUGACAUGACCACCAGCAGGCCCAGUGGAGCUGCAAAUACCUGCCAUAUUCCAAUCACCAAUUCUGUUGUCUCGGCUGCUUCUGUCAAAAGUGACAAAGAACAAUUGGAUGACGCUGGGAUCUAUAAGAGACACACCAGACAGCACUCUCAGAACUGUGAUGAAAGUCAUUUAGAGAAGGGCUUGAAGAAUUCAGAAGCCGGACGACGAAACCAAGAGCUUCAAAGUCCGAUGGUGAUCGUGGAAGUCAUGGAUAAAGUAGACAAGCAAGCUCAAGAGCAGAAUCAUUCAUCCAAGCUGUGCACAAAGGAAAAAAAGGACCUAAAAAGAUACACACAUUAAUCCUAUACAAUUAAUAGAUGUUAUUUAAUCUCUUUUGUGGUCGUUUAUUAGAUAGUAGAACUUACAUAUUCAUUCCAACCUCCAUCUAUCCUGUCAAGUAGUUAAUUAGGUCAUAGCAUAUUUCAUGCAUCCCCUCAUGACUGACUUCAGUCAUUAUGGACAUCACAUUUUCAAGUUUGCAUGAGGUUUCAGUAAGAACUAUGUUAUGAUCAAACUGGAGCAUUUUUGGGCCACAUAUUUAGAGUAACCUCAAAACAUUAAUUUUGUAUGCAUAUAACAUUACUCUCAGCACAACACCCCACUAAAUUAUUGUGACACCUCUUUGUCGUUUGUAUCAGUAAACAAAUAAACUUUAUCGAUACUCACCGCCAAUGAAUGCUAAUACGCUGUAAUAUGAUCCAGCAAAUCCAUUAACUUAUGGAUUUGUUGUGUCUCACUGCCACAUUGUGUCUUUCAUAACAAUCAAGAAUAGCCAUUUAAUUUACCAUUUAUAUGCAUUUAAAAUUGUUUUAUGCGUGUAAAACUAUAA